AUGGCCGAUCAAGCAAUUGGACUUUCAAGUAAGGAGUCCAGCCGACAAAGAACAAUAAAGUAUUAUACCCUUCAAGUCUUAUCACUACCUACGGAACCCCCAGCUAUUCAGCCAAAAGGACCAUUAUACCUAGGACUCCUAAGCCUCUCGAAAGGACUAAACGAUAAGAUGUCGAGCAUCUCAUUUAAUCUAAACGAGCUACUAUACGCAAGGCCCGAUAAUAAGAUUACAGCCCGAGCAAUACCUCAAAGAACACUUGCUGUCCAAAGGCGUAUGGUGCCCCCCAAAGCAAAAAGGCUACGCUAA